AUGGAAAGGCCAGAAUCUAAUCAAUCAACUACUGUUCCAAGGGACGUAAGAUUGCUUCAUCUUAUCUUCGCUACCCAAGGUAUCCAGAGUCAUGAAGAUCAUGUACCUUUACAGUUGAUGGAUUUCGCUCAUAGAUAUACCAAAUCUGUGUUGAAAGAUGCUCUUAGUUAUAAUGAUCAUGCAAGAAAUAGUACCAAUUCAAGUGUUAGUAACAAUACUAUUAACACCGACGAUAUAAGAUUAUCCAUUGCAUCAAGAACAAAUUAUCAAUUCAAAUCAAUUGCUCCCAAAGAGUUGUUAUUAGAAUUAGCACAAGAACGUAAUUCCAAACCUUUACCACCUGUCAUACCAAAAUGGGGUUUAAACUUACCACCGGAAAAGUAUUGUUUAACUGGUACUAAUGUCGAUGAAGAGGGGGAUUCAAAGAGGCAAAAAACCAAUUAG